CCCCAGUCCUUGUUAACACGUCAAGUCGAGGCAUUCGAUUUUGAAAUAACCCCCGCCCGACACCACACCAAAAUUCCUAGUGAGAACUGAGAGCGACGGAUCGAAGAAGAGAUUGAGAUUUGUUUAACCAAAGUACUGAAAUUAUGCCCAAGUCCACGCAGAGAUCGCCAAUGAAAGCGGCUUCCAAGCCGCUUAGCACAAAACAGCCACAGUGCAAAGUUCAAAGAGCUGGCAAGGCGAAGCCGAAAACACUGCACAAGUCCGCGAAGAAGUCCUUGAAGAGCCCGCUCAAGAAGCCCAUGCGACGAUCUCCGCUGAUGCGAGCCGCCCUGCAGCCCACAGUGCUGGGCUUGGCCAAGGCAAGGCCGGCGAAGAAGUCGCGUGUGACCUUCAAGAAGUCGCAUCGCCAGCCGGAGGACGCAAUCCCUGGCCUGCAAUCCCUAGGCAUGUCCCGCAGGACCAAGCUCAUAGACGCCAGACCGCAGAGGAACGCCGGCGGCACUUCGGUGCUGUUUCUGGGCAAGGAUUCCAGGGUCUCCAAGGUGUCCAAGGUGUCCAGGAAUAUGAAGCACCCGACGGCGGCAAGCGAAAAAAGUGCGUUACCCCGGAUGAAAAGACGGAUGGAACCCCGGUGGAUGAUGAAGGCCGAGACUAGGGCCACCGACGGUGUGAACUUCUUCUGCAAUCUCGGCGUCAGGAUGCAGCCGCUGCUGACUCAGAAGGACCAACAGGUGGGACAACGAGGUGACGCGGGCUUCAGGGGAAGACUGGCAGGUGGAGAAGGAACUAGACUGGGUGACGGCGUUCCGCAGGGAGCAGUGCGAACGGGCCAUCCUUCCGGCCUGUCAUCCCUAGUCGGCAAAGUGGCCGGCAUCGGUGCGUCCGCCAAUGAUGUGGUGGUCCCGCUGACCAGCCGACUGCCCAUCAUCGACUUCAUCUCCACCAAAGAGUUCCAAACUAUGUCUGCCGCCUCGACCCGAAAGCCGCACCCUCGGAAAAACAUCCAUUUAUAGACGACCAGCGAGUGGCGAGUGUUUAAUGAUCAGUGACGAGUGGACAUGUAUAUACUUUUCAAAAGGGGUUUGCGGCUCAGGCUGCCUUUAAUUUUCUAGUCUAAUUUAUCCGUAAAUGGAAUGGAUUUACAUUUAUUUUGCCAAAUGUUAAAAUUAUAUCAAUGGACGAGUGCACAUUGCUACCAAGAAGGCUUAAAUUGCUAAAUAUAAUUACUUUCAUAUAUGCAAA